UGCCAAAGCAGAAGGCAGAUGCUUUACAACGGCAAUCAUUUUCACUGGCCUUACUUUUUAGCUGGUGUCGCACACACAAACAAACCCUCUGGCAGAUAUGGUUAGACUGCUUGUCCACUGGAUUUUUUUAUUUUGUUGUGGCUUUCUCCAAGCUGAAAAGGUCCCAGAUUUUGAAAAAUGUAAACAUUUGUUUUACAACAAGCAAGAAGUUAAAGGUUUUGAUGACACGUACAAAAAAGUAUGUCACUUCCAAAAUGAUACUUAUGUUUUUGCCACACUUUACAACAAGGACAACACAAGUCCUCUUUACAGCGCAUUCAUUUUGAAUUCAGACGAAUGUGAAAGCAGCAUCAACUUGGCCUCAGAAUGGGUGGAAUCAGAGUGUCCACCAGACCAAAAGAUCAAUAAAAGCAACCAUGAUACAGCAAAAGAAUUAAAUAGUUAUACGUCAAGUAACUACUACUGCAGCAACAGGAUUCUGAACAGUUAUGAUUGUGGCCAGGUGCCCAUGGAUCACAUCGGCGGGACUGAUAUUAUUGUCCUGGAAGCCACCUUCUACGAAUUUCAGUGGAAAAUGUUUGAGGAAGCAGUGAGAGUCAUUUUAGGUGCAUCGUCAACAAAUGGAACAGUUUAUGUAAUUACAGGUUUGGUACCUUCGGACCAGUUACUCACAGUAAAAAGCCUUUGCCCAUUCUACUCUGCAACAGACGAGGUGACCACAACCACUGUCCCUUGCUUUAUCUGGAGAGCAUUGUGUUUCGAGGCAGCAGACCCCCAAGACUCAUUCUCCUUAGCCUUUAUGGGAAAUAACAAGCGUGUUAUGAAACCUGUCACAGUGAAACACCUAGAGCACAUCCUUAAAAAACAAUACAACCAAACAGAUUUUCAAAUCUUUGACAGCUGUUCUCAUGAAAAAGAUAAUGAAAUGUUUAUUCGUUUGAGUGCACAAGUCUUUGUGCCAGAAUUUCUCAAAAAAAUUGCCAAGGAAAAUUUCAGCCCAAAUGCAAGAAGGACAUUGGAGAGAGUUUUUUUUAAAGGUUUACAGCACAACACUUUUGGCUCUCACAUGGAACAUAUUUUGGUUGAGGACAUGAGUGUUAAAAUGGAAUACAAGAGUUUCGAUGACUGGUUUCAAAGCAAUGAGAAACUGAAAGCAAAUGAUAAACAGACCUGCAUAUUACAAAGCAGUGGCACACUGAAGUUUGAGGGAACACAGGAAGUGGAAGAGUCCAAUCUCAUCUGCAGCCUGAGGUCAGAGAAGUCAAUGCCAUUGGCGACAGUUACUGCUGAUGGCACCCCAUGCAUAGCGGGAGAUUAUUGUGACGUAAAAGAUGGGAGAAGAGAGUGCAGGACUGAAAGUGGAAGCAUGCCUUGCUGCUCAAGUCCCUGUCUCUACAGCUCUAAUCAAAUGGCAUUUUUCUGCAGGUCUUUGGAGCAAACAAUUUCCUGUUCACCUCAAUAUUCCAUUGUAACCAUUUCUAACAAACUGUGUGUCACUAAUCAGGGAUGUGCCACCUAUGGGAAAAACUACUACUGGUGUUUCACACAAGAUGGGUCAUGGGAUUACUGCAUUCCCCCAGCAGUCCAAGGCAUUACAAUAAAAGGUGUGGAAUGCAUCAGUGGGAAGGUGUGUGGCACCUAUGGAAAAAAAUACACUUGGUGUUACAUUGAUACGAAGAACAACUGGGAUUACUGUUGCUUAUCAAAUAUUCCAAAUGUGGCCAUCAAUGGCAAGAUGUGUCGUUCUGAUCAUAAGUGUGGUACCUAUGGCAAAAAUUACAACUGGUGUUACACUGGUAUGGACAACAGCUGGGACUACUGCUGCAUUCCACAGAUUUAGUUAAUUUAGUGUUCUAACACCUUAUCCUAAAGAAUUGAAGUAAGUGUAAGGAGAAGAUACACGCAAAAUAUCAUUUAGUGUGUAUGGCUAAUAGAGCUACUAAUCAGGAUUUAUUUUCCAGUGUACGUAUACAUCUAAUAAAUUAGCUGCAAUAAUUUUAGUAGGCAUGCUUUACACAUUGCAUAUAUAUUUUCAAUACAAAGUAUUUUACAUUUAAUAUAACAGAUAAUGGAUGUGGCAGAAGGCAAGUCCAUGGACUCCCAAGUAAUUUCUUUCUUUCUUUCUUUCUUUCUUUCUUUCUUUCUUUCUUUCUUUCUUUCUUUCUUUCUUCCACUUUAGACAUGGUGGAGACUAGCUUUGGUCAGAAAUUCAAAAACAUUGGGACCAAUUUUAGAUUCAUUACAUCUCAUUUGGUAGCAUACCUUUUUUUUGCCUUUGUCAUUAUUGCAAAGGCCUUCAGGUUUUUAGUUCCAGCUCAGGUUCAGAUGGACAUUUUGACUUGGAGUCUCAGGUUACUUUCUGGGGUUUUGGAGUUCUUCACACUAUUGACAGAGAAGAAAAGAAAUGGCCGAGGGCAACGUUUUCCACAAUGCACUCUCCUUGGUUUCCUUACCAUAAAUGAAACAACAUCAACAUUGAAAGAAAAAUAAAUUUUACAAUCUAAAUAAAAAUACAUUAAAAUACUAAAUUAAGGUAAGUAGAAAAGUAAUAAAUAAUAAUUUCUUGAGAGCUUUCAAUGCUGCAGUAAGUUCUUUUGCAGCUUGCCCUGUCUGUAAGCUCUGCAGAAAUGUCUUCAAUCUCAAGGCUUGGUUUUUGUUCAAUGCUUGACCUUCUAUAGACAGGCAUGUGCCAUUCCUAAUCAGUCCAAACAACUUAUUUGACAUUAUAUGGACACCAAACAACGUGUAGAAACAUCUCAAUGAUGAUCAGUAGAAUGGGAUGCACUUGAGCCAACCUUGAAGUGUCAUUGCAAAGGGUCUGGAUAUAUGUGUCAGUGUGAGAUCUCAGUUAUUUAUUUAUUUUUUGUGAUCAGCUUUUUAAUAACUAAAGACAAAUUGACAGGAUAUAUGAAUAAAUGGACAAAGCAUACAAAGUAACCUAACCCACCCUCUCCCACCUGGCCUGGGCAAAUUGGCAAAAUUUUCUAAAUUCCUUUUUUCGCUUUGUCAUUCUUGGGUUUUAAUUAUUGCUUGAGGGAAAAAAAUAAAUUGACAUGAUUUUAGCACAAGGCUGGCACAAAACAAAAUUUUACAAAUGAAGCCGUCUGAAUGCUUUAGUCAUAUAGUUAUAUUCAUGCGUGAUUUAGUAGAAAUGUAAGUAAUGCAAUAUUGAAAUGCUUUCUGUAUUAACUUAAUAAUAUAUAUUAAACAUGAUGACCUAUGUAUUUUGAAGGUUUCAUUAUCCUGCACAGCUAAGUGGUGCAUUGCUAUAUUAUAAUAAGCUCUGGAUUUCAAAAUAAACAUUGUUUUAAGCAUGA